UUGUGGUUGUGAUAAAAAAAAUGCAGCAUUUGUUUAUAAAUACGGUUUUAUUCCGCCGCGUCGUUGUUGGUAAACGCUGUACCAUUAACCGACUGACUGGUCAUUAAGUGACUGGGGGCGGCAUCAGCUGAGACGAGCCACAAACGCCGCGCUGGCGUUGAAAGCAGAAGUAACACUUGACGUCUGGUGCGUUCGCUACAAAGGAGAAGCGGACAUGACAAGAUAGUGAUGGUGAUCUUUCUUCCUGUGAGCUUUAAGUGUCUGUGUGCGAUAGAUGUAGAGAUAAAUAAAGACGGAGCGGCGCUCUGAAACACCAGGACGCCGUCGACGGCCGCCUGUCACUGUCGUGGGCGAGAUCCUUGAGCUCUGCAGUGUUUCACAGAGACGAGUGUGAAAAAGUCCAACCUGUGCGACUAAAACCUGAGCACACUGCACCGCUGAGGGUGCCCUGGUAUUUCCUCACAGCUAUUGCUGUUUCCUGCUGUUUCAUCCCGUGUUGCAAAUGAAGGCCGCUGAGGUAGAACGCGCAUCAUCUUUCGCUGAAAGGGAUUUUUGCAGUUCAAACCCAGACCACUGCACCUUCUACUGCGGCCUCCACAUGUGGAUCUAGCAGGGCACCAUGCUGCAGCCUCCAGAGCCCAGCCAGGAGCUUGUGCGGUGGCUGGCCGCCCUCCGCCUCUCCCAGUAUACCUCCUGUUUCCACGAGGCAGGAUACCAGUCGCUGGAAGACUGCAGGGCCCUGACAGAUGACCUGCUGCUGGGGCUCAACGUGCUGCCGACAGGCCAUCGGAGGCGCAUCCUCCGCAGUCUGGAAGCGGUGGGUUUAAAGGCCCAGACCUGUGGUGGGUGUGAAGAGGACGAUAGAAGGGUAGAGAACCCGCGGUCGGAGAGGAAACCGGUUCCAUAUCCAAGAAAUGUGUUUAAAAACGAGAUGACUGUGUUUGAAACAUCCCAGACAGAGCAGGGGCGUCACGUGGACGGGGGUCAGACUUUGCCUCCGGGAGCAGGACUGGGAAUAAAAACAGAUGAUGUGAUUGGGAGCGUGUGCACGCGGCCGCCUCAACCAGCCCCACGUAACCCUGAGAACAUCGGGGCGCCUCUGCCGGAUCGUGUCCGCAUCCCUCCGUCCGUGACCUCCAGCAGCAGCUGCAGCAGCAGUGAAUGUCUGUCCGUCUCUGAAGCGCCGCCCGACUGGGAGACGGCCCCAGAGCUGUCAUGCCGCCACGCGGCCCCCGCUCCGGCUGAAGGGCCACCUCCCACCGCGGCUGAAGACCAGGGCGGCUUCCAGGGCGAAAUGGUGGAGAACGCCAUAUACGAGGCGCGCGCCCCGCGGCUCACGCGCUCGUACCGCCUGAGGCAUCGGCCUGUGCCUGAAAUCCCCAAUCCGACCAUAGCACUGCUUCCAGACAGGAGCACACCGCCAGCGCAAGCAGGCAGCGCUCACCUCCUAACCGGCUCCGAAGGUCCCACCGGUGCCGACGGCACACAGAAAGCUCCACUUCAAAGAGCCCUGCCGCACAUCGCUCCCUACGGAGAGACGUUCCUGUACAACAGCCCCGGACGCACUGCGGCCCAAGGUGCUAAAGAAGGUUCAGAGAAAGGUGGCAAGGACAAGAACCCCAAGAGACGCAGAAGUAACGCACCUAAAAAGAGAAGAUCCAAGGACAAGGACCCUCCACUACCUCCACCCGGUCCCGACCGCUACCAAGAGGAAUACGCCACCCUGGGCGCCGGUCUUUCGCCACCGGCCAUUUUGGACCAAGCUUUGGCAGAGACCUACGACGCUGCUGCACCAGCGGCCUCCGGCCUUAAAGACGGAGCCCUGAUGAUGGUGGAGUGCAGCCUCUACACUGAGCCCAUGGACGGCUGGGCGGCGGUGAGAACACAGGCCCUGCCCGACAUUUCACCGUACGCCUGCUUUUACGGCGCCCCCAAGGUCCAGGUCCUCAAGGUGGGCUGGCUGGACAAACUGUCUCCUCAAGGAAAGUGUGUGUUCCAGAGGAGGUGGGUGAGGUUUGACGGCAGCAGCCUGGCCUACUACAACAACGACAAGGAGAUGUACUCCAAAGGCAUGAUCCUGGCCAGCGCCAUCAGACAGGUACGCGGACUGGGCGACAACAAGUUUGAGGUACUCACCUCCCAUCGGACCUUCGUGUUCCGGGCGGAGAAAGAAGGGGAGCGCCAGGAGUGGAUGGAAACUCUUCACACGGCCACGCGCCUCCCCUCCACCAAAUCCCAGAAGCGCUCAGACAGCCUCUCCCACUCCUCCACAAACAAGCGAGGCUUGCUGGAGCUCCGCAGUUACAAAGGCAGACUGCUGGUGUCCCUGGCGGGGAGCAAAGUCAGGCUCUGCAAAACAGAACAGGACUUUAAAAUGGGCCUGGCUAUUACUGAAGUGGAACUGACAGCUGCCAAUAUCAAGGACGUGGACCGCAAGAGCUUUGAAAUCAACACACCAUUCAAGAACUUCUGCUUCACGGCCGAGUCAGAACAGGAGAAGGAGGAGUGGAUUGAAGCGGUCCAGGAAUCGAUUGCCGAGACGCUCUCCGACUACGAAGUGGCAGAGAAGAUCUGGUUCAACCCGGCCAACAGGACCUGCGCCGACUGCCGGGCCCCGCAGCCGGAGUGGGCGUCUGUCAACCUGGGUGUGGUCAUCUGUAAGAAAUGUGCAGGGCACCACCGCUCCCUCGGCCCGAGCAUCUCAAAGGUGCGCAGCUUGAAACUGGACAGCAGCAUUUGGAGCAAUGAGCUGGUGGAGCUCUUCCUGGAGGUGGGGAACAAGAAUGCUAAUGCUUUCUGGGCCGCGAACCUCCCCGCGGACGAGGACCUGCACGGCGCGGCCACGGCGGAGCAACGCGCCGCCUUCGUUCGCAGGAAGUACAGGGAGAGGAAGUACAGGAAGGUCCUCGAGGGCUCUCACGACCCGCAGCAGCUUAAUCAGGCUCUGUGUGCAGCAGUGGUGACCCCGGACGUGCUGCGAACCAUUGCGCUGGUCUUCAGCGGAGCGGAUGUGAUGUGCGCCACCGGGGAGCCGUCGUUCUCCACCCCCUACCUCCUGGCCCAGCGGGCUGGACAGAAGCUGCAGAUGGAGUUCCUGCACCAGAACAAACUCACAGACUUCCCCAGACUUGAGGCGGGCUCAGACAGAGCCUGCCCAUCGGACUCGUCCCUCUUCAUGGACGGCUUCCUCUACGUCUCCCCCGGCGUCUCCAAGUCCACGCUGGACCGCCGCGGAAGAGACGACAUGGCUCGCCGCUGGUGCACCCUGGAGGGCGGCUUCCUGAGCUACUACGAGAACGAGCGCAGCUCGUCGCCCGUCGGCAGGGUGGACGUCACCGAGGUGGUCAGUCUGGCCAUCAGCAACACAGAGACCAUGACCGGAGCGGGGGCCGUGUUUCCCGUGGAGCUGUACCUGCAGUCGGAGCGCGUGCUGAUCGUCGGCGCCGAGACGCAGGAGACGCAGAGCGACUGGAGCCACGCGCUCACAAAGUGCUUCGUCCCCUCCAAAGCAGAGGGACUGGUGCAGAAAGGCAGCGAGCUGAUUGGCAGGCUCUUCUACAAGGAGGGCCACGACCUGUACCACUGGAGGAAGGCCUGGUUCGCGCUGGACGGCUCCGUGCUGCACUUCAGCCGAGGCGAGGACGAGGAGGAGGAGGAGGAGGUCCUGCAGCUCAAGCAGCUCCAAGAGCUCACUGUCUCCACGCACACGGAGGGCGAGGACAAGAUGCAAGUGCUGCUGAUGGUGGAGGGCGGAAGAACGGUUUACGUCCACGGCUUCAACAAGGCGGACUUCACGCUGUGGCACGCGGCCAUCACGCUGGCCGCCGGCACGCGCGGCAAGGCCCUCGGCGACCAGCAGCUGACGAGGAGCGGCGUCCCCAUCAUAGUCGACAGUUGCAUCGCGUUUGUCACCCAGUACGGCCUGUGUCAGGACGGGGUCUACCAGAAGCCGGGGAACCCCGGGCGCGUGGCCCAGCUCCUGCAGGACUUCGCCCACAGCGCCCGCGACGUGAAGCUGCGCGAGAAGGAGCACCGGCUGGAGGACGUCGCGUGCACCCUGAGGAGCUUCCUGUCGCAGGCGGAGGACGCGCUCCUCACCAAGGAGCUGUAUCCGUACUGGGUGUCGGUUCUGGAUGAGAAGGACGAGCGGCAGCGAGUAAAGAUGUACUCCACCUUCAUACAGAACGUGCCCAGGAUAAACAGAUCAACGCUCGACGCGCUGCUGCGGCAUCUGUACAGGAUCCAGCAGUGUUCCCACGUCAACCACAUGCCCAGUGAAAAACUAGCCUCCGUCUUCUCCUCCUGCUUGUUCCAGACCAGCGGACAAACCCCACAAGAAAUCGGCGUCGUCCGCGACCUCAUCAGCAACUACGUCACUCUGUUCGGGGUCCACGAAGACCAAGUUCAACAGAUGGAGAUGGAGAACAGUUUCAUCACACGCUGGAAGGAAAAGAAGGACACCACAUUCUCUCCAGCUGGGGACUUGAUCUUCGAGGUGUACCUGGAAAAAAGAGAGCCAGAAAACUGCUGUUUAAUCAAGGUCUCGCCCAGCAUGCGGGCCUCGGAGCUGGCGGAGAGCGCGCUGAGCAUGAGGAACGUCGGCCGCGCCGCCGCCGACGACUGCUGGACCGUCUUCGAAGUGGUGGAGAACGGGGAGCUGGAGCGGCCGUUGCACCACAGCGAGAAGAUUCUGGAGCAGGUGUUGGAGUGGAGCGCGCUGGACAGUCCCAGCUCCGCCGUCCUUGUCAUCAAGAAGUUCGCUGGGGCGAAGAGAGACGCUGGCGUGAAAGGAAGCCAAAUGCAGUUUACGAAGUCUGAGUAUCUGAAGUUCAACGACGGAUCUGCUAAACUGCUGCCAGGGCAUAAAUUCCAGGACAAAUAUGUGGAACUGCGUGCCGACACACUGCUGCUCUACAGAGAUAUCAAAAGCACUAAAGCGGAGAAAGCGAUGCAGCUCAAGUCUGUGAAGUGUUUCCUCGGUGUGAAGAAGAAGCUCAAACCUCCGACCAGCUGGGGCUUCACGGUCCACGCUGAUAAACACCAGUGGCAUUUCUGCUGCGAGACGAAGGAGGCGCAGGUCACCUGGGUGGCGGACAUCAUCAGGAUGAAGUACGGCUCGGACCUCUGCUCAAGGACCCUCCUCGCCGCUAAGGACGCCGCUGACCACAAAGCGUCCAGAGGGGGCGCUGUGAGCAGCGAGAGCAGGACUCUACCACCGGCACUGAGCUCCAGCAAAGCGGCCGACAGGAGGACGUCUCUGGGCGACAUCUACCCGAGGGCGUCCAGGGAACCGGUGCCCCUCCGCUGCACCAACGCCGCGUCCAGCUGCCCGACCCCGCCCCCUGACGCUCCCUGCAGGCGUGGCUCCAUGGACCCCCGCCCCCCCGUGGACCCCCGCCCCCUCGUGGACCCCCGCCCCCUCGUGGACCCCCGCCCCCCGUGGAUCCUCGCCCUCUCGCCCCCCGCCCCCCCGUGGACCCCCGCCCCCCCGUGGACCCCCGCCCCCUCGUGGACCCUCGCCCCCCCGUGGACCCCCGCCCCCCCGCGGGCGCCGCCCCCUCGUCCAGGCGCCUGCAGCCGCUGCCUCUGCCCGUCCAGGCCAGGAAGCCGCCCGCGGGCGUUGAGGGCUUGAUGCCGCCCAGCCUCUUGACCGAGCUCAACUCGGUGCUGAGCAAGAGCGGCCGCGGCGCCAGGAGCCAGGAGUGACGCGGCGGGCGGACGAAGAUGCCGUAGGUCAGAGCUGAGCCAAGCACUACAGAGGAGAACGUUUGGAGAACGUUUGGAGAACACUGAGCCGUCAAACGCCCGCUCCCGUCUUUAGUUCAGUUCAGCAGUGAUAUUUGACGGCUGCUGAUCUUAGUGUUUUACAGUGUUUUUUACAUCUCCACGUACUGUACAGCUGGUCAUUGUUAAUGGGGGGAUCACAGACACAGCCUGCAUCCGUUAUAGCGGGUGAACUGUCGUUCUAUAUUAGUAGUUAUUUGCAUAUUUGCAGCGGUUUCCAGCGUGGCCUUUGACUGUACAGCACCAUUGUUAACGUGCUCUUUAGUGAACAUUAAAACAUUUUACUAACGUGAA